AUGUUGGAACCGCGGUACACGCUUAUAAUUGUUAUCGACCCAGGAACGAGCUCUAUGACAGCAAGUUAUGCCAUCGUGCGCGAUAUAUUUGACAACUUGGGAAAUAGAGUUCGUUACCAAAUAAACGAACCAACAGCCCUGGACGAAUGGCCAGAUUCACCCAUUGGUGUCAAUCCAGGACAUGUCUGCGUACCAUGCGUUCAAAUAUACUCUAAGGCGACCAAGCGCCAGCUACACUGGGGUUUUGGGGCUGAAGAGUAUCUCAAGGACACAAAUUCAGGUGACGACUUUGACGACGUCUUGGUCGUUGAACACAUCAAGUCCCUUCUCAAAGACCUCAGAGAAGUUCACGACGUGGACAAAGUUUCUCACCUGCCACAUCUGGUUCAGGCAAAGAAGAUUCUAGAAGACGUUUUAGAAAAGAAAGCGAUCGAUGUCUUCAAAGAUCUUCUGACAGAAGUUAUCUCCCAUAUACUGGGAAGUGCUGUUCUAGAGUACACGCCUUGGGGCUACUUUUCGCAACCUAUAAAUGUUGAAGUAGGAUUCUGCUUGCCCAGUGAGUGGAGUGAAGCUCUACAUUCUAGUGUUGCACACGCUGUGUCCAAAUCUUCAGAGACGUCUUUAGCGCGGAAUAACAUUAACGUUCAAACAUUUGGCAUCGAAGAUGUACUCACUAUUUCGGAUACCUUAUCAGGGGUUCGUCAGUUCCUGAGACAAACCGUUUUUUAUGAGACUGGCCCGACCGAUCCCCGUCGUGCGGAGAUAAAGCAAAGCUUGAACGAAAACGCAAGUGAGACAGAGAUCAACGAUGUAUUUUCAGCUUUUGAUGUUGGGGCUGAGACUGCGUGCAUCACCGUCCUUCGACUUAUAGCAACGAGUCCAGUGAGGGUAGACCAGUUGGGACCGACUUUAUCUCUACCGUUCUCGGGUGAUGCAGUUGAUAACCACUUCCGAACGCUCCUCGAGAAACGAAUUACAAGUACAGACUUCCCCGGAAACAUACAUUGGGCGAUUGAGAAGAUAGUACGCAGAGUCGAAGAGAAGAAGCAAUGGGUUGGACGACACGCUACAAAUGAUAAGCUUUCCAGGGAACGGGUCACUGGUCUCAGAGCAAAUCCCGAGAAAGGUUUCAAAAAGCACGUUAUUGAAGUAGAUUGGAUUGAGUUGGAGCGCUGUUUUGAUCCCAUCAUCCAUCAGUUAGAACAGCAGAUUUUGGCCACAGUUGUAGAUUACCCUCAGCUCAAAGCUGUGGUUUUUUUAGGGCAGUUUGGUGGAAAUUCGCGAUAUCUACAAGAACGAUUGAAGAAAGGUCUGCUCACAAUGAAUACCCCGUCAAACUUUUCCACAGCCGGUGCGGGAAGUGGGAUGUAA